AUGGUGAGAAAUUAUAAAAAAAAAACAAGUAGAGGGGAUUGGUCAGAAGAAAGUAUGAAAGAUGCUGUGAAAAAUGUGGUUGAAGGAAAAAUUGGCUACAAGCUUGCAGCAAAAUCAUUUUCUGUCCCACAAACAACUUUAGAAAGGAAAGUGAAGCUUGCGCGAGAAAGUUUAGAUAAGAAUGAUCCAAUGACUGUUAAAUUUAAGGUACCGUUAGGCCCAAAAGAGAAAGUUUUUACUGAUAAUGAAGAGGAAGAGCUAUGUAAAUACAUAAUAGAUAUGGAGAGUAGGCUUUAUGGACUGACAAUGAAAGACUUAAGAGGUUUAGUCUAUAGACUAGCGGUAAAAAAUAACAAACGUCAUCCGUUUAACAAUGAAAAAGAAGAAGCCGGGAAAGACUGGGCAUUAGGAUUUUUAAAAAGGCACCCAGAACUGUCUAUUAGACAGCCUGAAAGUACCUCAUCCGCACGUGCUGCUGGUUUCAAUAAACAGGUGGUAGACCAGUUUUUCAAUUUUUUGGGCAAUGUUUACGAUGAACAUCAUCUAACACCUGAUCGUAUAUACAACUGCGAUGAAACUGGUAUUUCAGUUGUGCCCAAAACCAAAUCAAAAAUUGUCGCAAGAAAGGGCAGAAAGCAAGUGGGAGCCAUAACAUCUGCUGAACGAGGUACGACCAUUACAGUAGAAAUCUGUUUUAGUGCUAGUGGUAAUUUUAUGCCACCCAUGAUGGUAUAUCCUAGAAAAAGAAUGGAUGCGCAACUUAUGAUUAAUGCUGCCCCCGGAGCUUGGGGAGUUUGCAGUGAUUCGGGCUGGAUGACUUCAGAACUUUUCCUAGAUUGGUUUAAAAAGUUCGUCAAAUUUAGCGGAGCAACACCUGAGCAUUCUGUUUUGUUAUUAUUGGAUGGACAUAGUACUCAUACGAAGAACAUUGAUCUCAUAAAUGAAGCACGCACUCACGGCGUUAUCAUUUUAUGUUUCCCACCACAUACAACUCACCGUCUUCAGGUUGCAGACGUUGCUUACAUGAGACCGUUAAGUACCUACUACGAUCAUCAAAUCAUGGCGUGGCUUCGCAGCAACCCAGGGAUGACUGUCACUGUCCGACAAGUAGCUGAAAUUUUUGGAAAGGCGUUCAUACAAGCGUCUACGAUGUCAACAGCUGUCAAUGGUUUUAAGAAAUGUGGGAUUUGGCCAUAUGAUCCAACAGUAUUCUCUGAGACCGACUUUGCUCCAUCUUUGAUGACAGAUAUUCAGCUUAAUGUAUCCGACGCACCUGCAAGCGAUAAUAGUUCGUUGAUAAUGGAAUCGUCAUCCACAGAACCAGCAACAAAUAAUAAUCAGAAUGCGCCAAUUAUAUCUGAAGCCAUUUCUGUUGCGGCAACUUUGACGGAUGCAGCAGUGACGCCAGUAACAGUGGAAACAGAAACAUUGUCGAGACUUGAUACUGCCGCUAGUAUUUCUGCGAGUACGUCACUAUCAACUAAUCUGGUUACUGCACUUACUGUGCUACCUAAUUCAAUGUCAACCCCUGAACCAGGAUGUUCUUACUGGCUCGAUAACUCCGAUCUAAACGAAAGACCACGAACUCCGCAGCAAUCAAUAUUUGGUGUCAGAAAAAAAGGGUUGAGGGAACUUAAAAAAUCUGGAAAAGACCCGGCAACUAAGAAGAAAAGAGUAACAAAGAAGAAACAAGGGGCUAAGAAUAGAUCAUUAAACGAGAAUAGUGACAGCGAUAUUGAAAAUACACCUUGUUUGUAUUGUAAAGGCCUAUAUUUGGACUCAAAUGAAGGCUGGGCUGCUUGUUCAGCAUGCGGCAAAUGGGCUCACUGCAGCUGUGCAGGUGUGGACGACGAAGAUGCAGAUACCGUGUUCACUUGUGAACAUUGUGAACAGUCCUAA